AACGGAACUUCCGGCUGUGUUCACCUGUAGGGGUCGCGACGUCGCGAUGCGAUGCCGGUGUCUGUGGGGCGUCGCUCGGUGUCUGUGGCUCCGCCGGCCUGCCGGCUCGCCCCGCCGUUACCGAAGCUGCGGCAGCCCGCUGCUGGAGGAACUGUUUGCCCAUGGAGGGCCCCUGCGGACCUUCCUGGAGCGCCAGGCGACGUCGGAGCCCGAGGUGCGGGUCCGGGGCCGCGAUCUGGUGGCGGCGGCACAGAGGCUGAGCGACAAGGAGCGGGAGCUGCGGGAGACCGAGCACCUGCUGCGCGAUGAAAAUGAAGACUUAAGGAAGCUUGCAGAGAACGAAAUAACUUUGUAUCAAAAAGAAAUAACCCAGUUGAAGAACCAGAUUUUCUUACUUUUGGUUCCUUCAGAAGAAACAGAUGCAAAUGAUUUGAUCCUGGAGGUAACUGCAGGAGUUGGGGGUCAGGAGGCAAUGCUAUUUACUUCAGAGAUAUUUAAUAUGUAUCAGCAAUAUGCUUCAUUUAAGAGAUGGCACUUUGAAACCCUGGAUUAUUUUCCCAGUGAAAUAGGUGGCCUUAGACAUGCAUCUGCCAGCAUUGGAGGUUCAGGGGCCUACAGGCUCAUGAGAUUUGAAGGCGGUGUACACAGAGUACAGAGAGUGCCCAAGACAGAGAAACAAGGCCGCGUUCACACCAGCACCAUGACUGUGGCAGUAUUACCGCAGCCAACUGAGAUUAAUCUGGUGAUCAAUCCUAAAGAUUUGAGAAUCGAUACUAAGAGAGCCAGUGGAGCUGGGGGCCAGCACGUCAACACCACAGACAGUGCUGUCCGGAUAGUCCACCUUCCCACAGGUAUUGUUUCCGAAUGCCAACAAGAGAGAUCUCAACUGAAAAACAGAGAGAUGGCUAUGAAAAAGUUACGUGCAAGACUAUACAGCAUGCAGCUGGAAGAAGAAACAAGUAAAAGAUACCAGGCUAGAAAGAUUCAGAUUGGAACUAAAGGAAGGUCAGAAAAAAUAAGGACAUACAAUUAUCCACAAAACAGGAUCACAGAUCACAGGAUAAACAAAUCAUUUCAUCAUCUUGAAACUUUUAUGCACGGAGAGGAUCUACUGGAAGAACUUAUGCAGUCACUGAAAGACUAUGCGGAUUAUGAAUCUUUAAUAGAAAGCAUUUCUUCUCAAAAUUAGCUUAUUACUAAAGACCUUUCAUGGCUUCUGAAAAUUUUGUGGCAAGUCAAAUUAUUUCUUUAAAACAACAUGAGUCAGUAGCCCAGGAAGUGGGCAGUGAAUAAAACACUGUACUCUCGAGGGUGCGGCCCCAUGUUUGACCCCGGGUGUGUAAGAGUGCUGCUCUGGCUCUCUUUCUCUAACAAAAGUAAAAACCGAGUUACUACUAUUGGAAUAUGCAUGCUUUUAGGAUGUAGACCAUUGGGCAAAUCACCGUUAUCAGUACAAAAACUGAAGACUCUUCUGACUGUGUUGUAAAUUCUGAACUCUACAGAAAGGAAAAUAGUCCUUUAUUAGGUAAAAUAAAAGGUUUAAUUCUACUAUGAAAAACACCAAGCAAAAAUAAAAGAACCACGGUAAGACUUGCAUUACUUAAACUCCAGCCCAGCACAGAAACAAUAAAAACCUGAACUGGAA